CCUCGCUCGUAACAACAUUACUCAUGUUGAAGAUGUCCUCAACACGAGGGAUAUAAGGCGUACUUUCAUACGAAUAACUGUUUGGUUUCUAAACUUGAAUUUAAUUUCACCAAAGAGCUCGUAUCACUUUGUACAGGUAGGAGUAAUUUCAGCUAUGUUUCGAAACAAAAACACCAACUUUGCCUCUUCUGAUGAUGGUGGACAGCAUCAAGCAUGUUAUUAAUUGGACACGUUCGCAUGUGAUUUUUUUUUUAAAACAUAUUUUUUUUAUUAUGACCAUUCUUGUAGUUUUAUACGACAGAAAUUUUGUUCUCUCAGGUGGAACUGCUACUCUGAGCAUCAAAGGAAGGUGAUAAUAGUAGUCUGCCACCGUGUUGAUGACGAUGGACGAUCUAGAACAUGAGCUUUGGCCUCCUGUACAGUUAGAGGAUUGUACCGAUUCUUCUGACAAUACGUCAGCAAAAGAAAGGAAAAAGCCAAGGCUUCCACUGGCAGAUUCAUUUUUUGUCGAGACAAAAAGGGAAACAGGCUUUCACCGAUCCACAAGGCUUUGUCUGGAGAGGAUCAGAGAGGCGAUGCUCCAUCACAGAUGGCAAGAGGCAGCAGAAUAUAUGGCAUGGUACCCCCAAAUGAUAGAAGACACAACAGCCGGUUCGGGACACCACUACAAAGAGAUAAUUUGGAGAAUGAGCACAGAAAUCCUCCACCAUCACCCCAACUCAAAGAUGGAUGACUACAAUGUCAUCUACGAGCGAAUUAAACAUUCUGGAGUUAAACAUUACCUGAUGAUCUGUCUGGAACAUUCCUUCCACCUAAUGCUGCACGGCCAGAUGGAGAACGCAAAGCGUCACCUCUCCAUUGCUGAGAGUUGGCGGCAUGGGAAAGAGUCAGCAUGUCAGAUUCAGAUGACAAAACUCAUCCAAGCCUACAAGAGUUUGCUCGAUUUUAUCAUCUGGAGCGACAAGAAAAACGCACCCAGCAGCACCAAUAUAACCGACCCCCAGAGCAGCCAAGACCUGCAUAACUAUUUUAGACAGGCUUCAGUCAAUCUAAAGGAGAUUUUGAAAUAUCCUGGUGUCUGGGAUACCUUCAUACUGAGUUAUGUUGAGAUGCUGGAAUUCAAUGAGGAUUACCAAGAGGCAGAGAAAGUCUUGCAAGACUAUGCGUACGACAACACUUUCCCAAGUAAUCCAAAUGCACACGCCUAUCUGUUUAGAUACUUGCAAAGACACAACGCCUCCAAGAGAAAGUUGAUGAACGUUUUGAAGAUCCUCCAUAAAUUAGUUCCAAGCCAUGAGCUGAUGUUGGACUACAGUUCCUUUCUGCUGGUCUCAGAGAAAAAAAGCAACACAAAGAAGGCUUUGGGGAUCCUCCUUGAUAUGCUGGACUACGCCUGUUGGAGGACAAGCAUGGACGUAUGGGGAGGAUUAAAAUAUGUUAUUGAUAAAUUGCAAUUGCAAGAGGACUGGACGGAGGUUGUUGCUGAGAAGAUGUCUGCAAGAAAAGGAUGGUGGCCUGCAUUGCACUUCACAAGGUUUCAUGCUACUGAAGAUGCUGAGCAAAGACAUCAGUUGAUGGAAGUGAAAGCAUCAUUGGCCGAAAUCCUCUGUCCAGAUAUAAAGCUCACAUAUUCUGCCGUCCAAACAAUCAAUGGUGACCGGUGAGAGAACCUGAAGACCACAAAUAAUUUAGAGAACUUCUUGAUUUGAUUGUCAAGAUGACUAAUUUGGGAACAAGAUAUGGUAGUGUCCUCUCUGUCCACCAAGGGGCGCUCUCGCUCCGUAUUUUACUUGAAUCUGUGGUUGAGAUGACAGCCUUUUCUGGACAGAACGCAAAUUUAGCUCAGAGCCAGCAUUCAUGUGUAUUUUAUGGUUUUUGUAGCAUUUAAUUGGAAGUCUCCCUCUGUCCUCGGUUGACUUUUGCCGCACCAUUGGUGCACACACACAUAGCCUCUCCGUCAGCUCUGUUGUCAUGACAGAUUACUCAACCAACACAGACCUCUCAACAAUCCAGCGUGCUUUAAUUUGGAUUAGCAUGGCAGAUUGUUGACAGGAGGCUUCUAUUGUGCGGUAACAACAGCAGUUAUGAAUUAAAAUGAAAGCUUUUUAGGACAUGCUGAUGAAAUGGUGGUCAAGCUGCACAAUAAAUGUGCUAAUAUUUAGCAGACUGUAAAUUAUGGUGAAUAUCUUUCAGUGUAACUUCAUCAUUUGGAUGACUGCAUGUACUCCUGAGUCUUUUGUACUAUACUGUGAAAUAAAGUCUGCACCGAGCA